CGCCCCGGUCCUGUGGCCACCUUCCGAUUGCUUUCUUUUAUUUUUUUCCCCUCUUCGUCUUCUCCUCCAGCUUCUCUUCCCUUUGACUCUUUCUCUCUCUAUCUCCUCGAUCUAUAUAGCUCUCUGUCUGUGUCUGUACCAUAGUGGACCUCUGUGUCUCUGUACUUGUCUUUCUCUCUUUGCUCCAGUGCCCAAGUCUUAUCCUUUUUUCCAUUGGCAAGAAUUUUUACCGGAUUAGUUCGAAACAUCCAGAGCCAGAGAUUGAAGGACAGUUCAUUGGGUUUGGCUUCUUUGUUCGUUUGCUCUGUUGUCUCUUGGGGGUUUUGGCGUUGGGGGUAAUAUGAGGUCGUCUCUCUGAGUUUAUUCCUCCCUACAAUUUUUUGUUUGUUUGUCUGGAGAUCGUUUUCUGGGUUGUUUGUGAUUUUCCGGGAGCAUGGCUGGUGACAACGAAGUCAACCUUAAGGAGUGCAAGAGAAUUGUCCCACUCAACACAUGGGUCCUCAUUUCCAACUUCAAGCUCGCUUAUAACAUCCUCCGCCGCCCCGACGGGACCUUCAAUCGAGACCUCGCCGAGUUUCUAGACCGCAAAGUCCCUGCCAACACCAUCCCCGUCGACGGCGUUUUCUCCUUCGACCACGUCGACAGAGCCACUGGUCUUCUCAACAGGGUCUACCAACCUGCGCCUGAGGACCAGUCUCGGUGGGGAGCCAUCGACCUUCAACAGCCCCUUAGCACCACGGAUAUUGUCCCCAUCGUGAUUUUCUUUCACGGCGGCAGUUUCACUCACUCCUCGGCCAACAGCGCCAUCUACGACACGUUCUGCCGGCGCCUCGUCAAAAUCUGCGGCGUCGUUGUGGUCUCUGUGAACUACCGCAGAUCGCCGGAACACCGGUACCCUUGCGCGUACGACGACGGCUGGGCCGCUCUCAAAUGGGUCAAGUCGAGAACGUGGCUUCAGAGCGGAAAAGACUCCAAGGUUUAUGUCUAUUUGGCUGGAGACAGCUCAGGAGGCAACAUAGCCCAUCAUGUUGCGGUGAGAGGAGCCGAGGAAGGAGGUGAAGUGUUGGGUAACAUUCUUCUCCAUCCGAUGUUUGGUGGGCAAGAGAGGACCGAGUCGGAGAAAAGACUGGACGGUAAGUACUUCGUGACAAUACAGGACCGAGAUUGGUACUGGAGGGCUUAUCUGCCUGAAGGAGAAGACAGGGAUCACCCAGCCUGUAACCCGUUCGGACCGCGCGGCCAGAGGCUUAAAGGACUCAACUUUACAAAGAGUUUAGUUGUUGUGGCCGGCCUUGACCUCGUUCAGGAUUGGCAAUUGGCGUACGUGAAAGGGCUGAAGAAGGUCGGGCAAGAUGUUAAGCUUCUGUUCUUGAAAGAGGCGACGAUCGGGUUCUAUUUCUUGCCUAACAACGAUCACUUCCAUUGCCUCAUGGAAGAGAUGAGGAGCUUUCUGCAUUCUAACAGUGAAUAGCCGGUCCCGGUUAAUUGACUCCACAACAACCGGCGGGUCUGAUUACACAAAGGAAGCCCCUUUUGUUUUUCCAUCGAUGGGUUUGUACAGUUUUUACAAGUCUCUUACUAGUAGUAGCAGUAGCAGUACUUCAACUAGGUUUCGGAGAAAUCUGGUUAUUGUGGGAUCUGGUAGAGCCCAGAAGCCGAAACCAGCUCGGUUAUGCGUAGGAGUGAGUGCUGUUUCCCCUGUUCAGCUUAUCCGGUUUAGGGCUAGACCGGGGGGAUGAUAGUUAUCGUCGUCCAUGGGUGGCGGUAGGGCAUGGUUGGGUUUGAGAGGGUAAAUAUACAAGAAGACACUAAUUUUGUCUGAAGAUGUAUCCUUUGUAUGUGAUAUAGUACGUUUGUGUUUCUUUCUUCUAGGCUUUUCUUUUGUGUAAAGGGUCGGUCUGUCCUGUCUCUGUUUUUCCUGGUAUUUUGUUACGUUGCCUUCGAAAAGCACCACGUCUCCCUCUCCCGACCUCAGAUCGUUAUUGCCAUCGUUUUUGGUUGUUUCAACCUUAAACGCCUUGGAAAGACAAAAUCUUUCAAGUACCCACUUGGAUCUAUUCGGUCGACGCGAUAAUCUUUUUGUCCGAAGGAAAUAAUAAUAACAAAAACAGAAAGAAAGGAGAUAAAUGGUAAGGAGGAGGUGGGGAGAAGAGGCGAAGGGCAUUGCUACAUAUGGAAAACCCUAGGAAGCCAAGUGGCAUAUUAGAGAGAGAUGGGUAAGUAAAUGUGGUUGCGUUUGCGUGUGUCUAAUUAGAGACCAAAGAAAAAGGGGCACAGAGCUGAAACCAAACCCCAUCCACCCAAUGCGAAAGCAAAAUGGUCAUUAAUGAUUGGACAAAAAUGUCAAACUCAACAAAAGGGCACUCCUUUUAUUCUUUUUUUUUUCCAAUUUUUUUUCCUUUGUCAUCUUUUGGUUCCUUUUACCUUUUGGAAUUAUGGGGGGAAAAUACCCAUAUAUAUAUAUAUAUAUUUUUUUUUUGGUAAUUCCCAAGAGGGUUAAUAAAACUUUGGGGGGCAUGGACCCCCACCUUUGAAAUAACAAGUCCAUUUUGGUGGAUAUCUGUUUGUUUGUUUGUGUGUAAACGGAUGCAAUGCAUUUCAAUAUCACCUCGUAUAUAUAUAUAUGAUGGCUUGUUCAUAAUUUGCUUUAUUCUGUAUUGUGGAUGCCGAGUGGUGGGGACAGCGAGGCUUGGAGAAAGCCUCUCUCUUUCUAUCCCUUUUCUUUUUGGCAAUAUACUUUUAAACCCUUUUUGAGGCAAA